AUGGCAAGCACUGUUGGAAAGGCCGCCGUCGCCUGGGAGGCUGGGAAGGAGUUGACCAUCGAAGAGAUUGAGGUGGACCCUCCAAAGGCGCACGAAGUUCGAAUUGAAAUUCAUUAUACCGGAGUUUGCCAUACUGAUGCGUACACCCUGUCUGGAAAAGACCCAGAAGGUGCAUUCCCUAUUGUCCUUGGCCAUGAGGGUGCCGGUAUUGUUGAGUCCGUUGGAGAGGGCGUCACAUCCGUGAAACCUGGUGAUAGGGUUGUCGCGCUAUACACGCCCGAAUGCAGAGAGUGCAAGUUCUGCAAAUCAGGUAAGACGAAUCUCUGCGGAAAGAUCAGAGCCACUCAAGGCCGUGGCGUCAUGCCAGACGGCACCACCCGCUUCAGAGCCCGCGGAAAGGACCUGCUGCAUUUCAUGGGAACAUCUACUUUUUCUCAGUACACCGUGGUGGCCGAUAUAUCAGUUGUUGCUAUCACGGAUAAGAUUGGACUAGAUAGAGCCUGUCUUCUGGGAUGUGGUAUUACUACUGGAUAUGGAGCAGCAACAGUCACUGCUAAGGUUGAAGAAGGCUCCAACAUUGCUGUGUUCGGUGCCGGAUGUGUUGGUCUCUCCGUUAUUCAGGGAGCCGUCCAUAACAAAGCCAGUAGAAUUAUUGCUGUCGAUGUGAACGACAACAAGGAGGAGUGGGCACGCAAAUUCGGUGCUACGGACUUCGUCAAUCCGUCUAAACUCGGCGGAAAAUCAAUCCAGGAAUACCUGAUUGAAACUACUGAUGGCGGAUGUGACUAUACUUUUGACUGCACCGGCAAUGUUGGUGUUAUGCGAGCCGCCCUCGAGGCAUGCCACAAGGGAUGGGGAGAGAGCAUCAUCAUUGGAGUCGCAGCCGCUGGGCAGGAGAUCUCUACCCGACCAUUCCAACUCGUUACUGGCCGUGUAUGGAAAGGGUGUGCCUUUGGAGGAAUCAAAGGGCGCACUCAGCUUCCAGACCUCGUUGACGAUUACCUCAAUGGCAAGCUGAAGGUGGAUGAGUUCAUCACGCACCGUGAAACUCUUCCCAAGAUCAACACUGCCUUCGAGGAGAUGAAGGCCGGCGACUGUAUCCGCUGUGUCGUCGAUAUGACCAAGUGA